GUUUGCUGGACAGCCUUGUGUCGCAGAUUCGUCAAAAUUUUGCAAGCUUCAAUAUUGGACCAAAAACGUACAUCUGCCGGUUAAAUGUAUCGUCACUCUAUUCAUAAUGGGUACAUGACGCCAGAUUAAAUUAUUCCCGCGACGUCAAGGAUGAUGGACGGAAACCAAGCAGGUGGAACCUUGUUUAUGUGUCGACUCUGCAACCUCUUUUCACCCAGUCAGUCACUUCUGCUGGCUCAUUGCAGCCAGGAGCAUCCUCAACAAGAGCCCGUUGAGGACAUCAUUGUUGCUCUCCAACCUCUUUUAGGGGAGUCUUUUGAGUCACCCGCUGCAGCCAAUCCAGUAAAGCGAAAACGAGGUAGACCAAAAGGCUCCACCAAGAAAAUAUGCACUGAACACACAGAAGAGAAAGAUGCCAUCUCCUUCCUAGGAGAGAAAAAUCCAAUUCAAUAUCCAGAAGAUGGAGUGGGUGAUGCCACACCAUUGGGGCUGGAAUGUCGGUCUUGUCAUCGUCAAUUUAGCAGCAGAAGACAGAUCCUCAAACACAUUUGCUUAAAUGCAAGGGAGCUAGAAGAUGAAGAAAAUUCUAUUUCAGAUGACGAAGAAGAGAACUGCAAAAAUUUUGACUCGGAUGGCCAUAAAGACAGUUUCCAAAACUGUAAAGGUCCUGGAGAUUUUGGACAACGGCGGGCAGGAAAAUUCAGGGCCUCAAGGAAAACCAAGAAGAGUGGGUUGGCUUCUGAUAUCCACAGCUCUCAAGUAAAUGGACUCGGAAGCAAGAAGACCGUCAUUAAUGUUGUUCUAACAGAGGAGGAAACCCUUCCAGCAGGUGUUUCAAAAAUGAUUCCUGUGGAGGAUAUUUCAGCUGAAUGUGUUAACAUCCAAGCUCAAUCUCAGACUGAAGUGUUUCAGAGUCAGUCAGACCUCUUACCUGCUGAAUCUGCAUCUUGUGGUGAGGAUCCCAAAACAGACCAGGAGCAAAGUUCCACAACCAAUGCCGUAACCACAACAUCUCCUGCAAGAAGAGGCUUUCAGGAAUAUUGCAUAAAGCAAGAUGCAGCCAACUCACUUCAGGGCCGGCUGAAGAUUUUCACGUGUGAGUUCUGCAACAAGAUUUUCAAGUUCAGACACUCACUGACCUCCCAUCUCAGGAUGCAUACGCAGGAGAAGCCGUUUCAGUGUCCACAUUGCGACUACGCAUCAGCUAUUAAAGCAAACCUGAAUGUUCACCUAAGGAAGCACACUGGAGAGAAGUUCAGUUGUCAGCACUGCUCUUUUACCUGCCUCAGCCCAGGACAUCUCAAGGUGCACAUCGAGCGAGUUCACAUGAAGGUGAAGCAGCACUGCAGCUUUUGUCACAAAAAGUACUCAGAUGUAAAGAACUUACUGAAGCACAUCAUGAAACGUCACAGCCUCAAAGAUCCUGCCGUCUACCAGAGCUACCAAAAACUGAAACUCAAGACUCGCCAAGGCCUCCGAGAGCUCCUCUACCGCUGCCCCACCUGUAAUAGGUGCUUCAAAAACCAGCUGGAGCGGGACCGCCACCUUCUGGUCCAUGGCUCUCAGCGUCCUUUUGUGUGCCUGUUGUGCGACCACACAGCAACCAAGAUGGCAACACUCAGUGCUCACGUGAAAAAGCACCCCUUCUUGUAUGUGUGCAGUGUAUGUGAUGGGAAAUUCGUCAGCUCCCAUAAGCUGAAGAGCCAUCUGACUGAGUGUCACUCAGAACUGGACCAGGAGCAGGUCUUCACCGAGUGCAUCAACAGCAGCUUCGACAUGCUGCAGCCUGGGGGCGAUGUGUUUGCAGACGAUAAUAGGGAAGACACAGAGGACGGUGUGAAGGAAGUCACAAUGGAAAUGGGGAGUCAAUACUCUUUGGAUGAAGGGGUUGUGGAUGACAAAUCUCAGGAUGAAAGUACAGGAGACACCCCAAAUCCGUCCCAAGCGGAGGGAGACAGUGUGAGUUCUGAUUGGUCAGUGGAGAAGCCUAGUGAAGAGCCGCCAGGCAACGGCCUCGAGGAGAACUCGCAAAACCUGACACCGUAUCAGACUCAAGAAGACACACAGCAUGUCCCGGACGCUUCGACAGGUCCAUCAUCAGGAUUAACUAACUUGUCAGAAGGAAAUGGUUCUACAACAUCAGGGAGUGAAUGCCAAGCUGCACCUGUUGAAAAGGUGUCUACAGAAGAACCGCAGCAUUUCAGUGCCUUUGAGCAAGUUCUGUCGUCACUACAGAAGACUCCUCUCGACAUGGAGCGGUACCGGCAGCUGAGGAAGAUCUAUGGAGAACUUGAAUGUCAAUAUUGUGGUAAACUGUUUUGGUACAAAGUCCACUACAACACUCAUGUGCGCACACACACCAAGGAACACCUGCACUACUGUUCCAGCUGCAGCUACUCCUCCAUCACCAAAAGCUCUUUGAAGCGACAUCAGGUCCAGAAGCACAGCGGCCUCCUCCUGACGUGCUCUCACCACGACUGUAAAUACACAACGCCUGAUAAAUACAAACUGCAGGCUCAUCUGAAGACGCACCAGGAACAGCAGGGGGAGUGUGUGACCUGUCCUGUCUGCCAACACAGGCUUCCAGAGCACCGGCUGAAACAGCACAUCAGAGUAGCUCACCCAGAUAAAGUCUCCGGCAAAGGCUUGAUGGUGAAGCGAGCAGAGAAGUGUCCUUACUGUGACUCCUACUUCUUAAAAAACAGCAGUGAGUUCCAGCAGCACAUAUGGGCCCACCAAGGUCUGAAACCCUUCGCCUGCAGCCAAUGCGACUACACCGGCCGCAGCAGAAGCAACUUGAAAACUCACAUGAACCGACACAACAAGGAGCGGUGCCACAUCUGCGACCUGUGCGGCAAAACUUUCAAAUCGAACGUGACCCUGAAGAGUCACAGACUGAGUCACAGCAACGAAGGAAAGCGGUUCCAGUGCUCCGCUUGUGAGUUCACCUCAGUUUCCAAACCGUCUUUGCUCAGACACAUGGAGCAACAUACAGACUUCAAGCCUUUCCGUUGUGCACAUUGUCAGUAUGCCUGCAACAUUGCCGGCCCACUGAAGCGACACUACAAGAAAAAACACCCAGAUCAGAAGUAUGAAAAUGCCGGCCCAGGAUUGACUGAUCCAGAAGUUCUGAAACAACAAGGUGGUUUGAAAUGCCCUGAGUGUGAAUUUGUUUAUGGCACCAAGUGGGAGUUGAACAGGCACCUCAAGAAUAAGCAUGGUCUCAAAGUAGUGGAAAGCACCUGGGAGGUGGGAGAGAUGGUGGAGGCGCAGUAUGUAUCUAUGGAGGACGAAGAGCAGCUAACAGAAGCACAUGUAGCAGCCUUGCAGGAUAACGAGGCAGUAAAUAUUCUGCAGCAAAUCACAGAGUUUAGUACAGAGACCCACAACGCUGUCACCUCCAUGGUCGCCAUGGCUCCUGGAACUGUUGCUGUCGUGGAACAGCUCCAGGUGGCUGAUGAGAAGGAAGUCUGUGGCAACCAGCUGAUGGUGGUAAACGCUGAGGGGGAGCUGGAUGGUAACCAGCUAAUGGUGGUGGACGAUGGUCACGGACUGGAGGCCCUGACAGUCCUCACUCAGGGAGACAACACCCACCACUACAUUGUCUAUGUUCAGGAGCAAACGGUGGAAAUAAACUAACAAUGGUCAUAUAACAUUUCAGAUGAUUAGUAAGCUAAAACAUACCAAUGAUUGCUUUGCUUUCUUUUUGUAAUAUUAGCCAACAUGUUUCCGUGCAUUUAUAUGAAGCAAUUAUAUAUUUUUGGAUACCCAAAAGUUUUUAAUAAAGCAA